AUGUCAGGAUCAACCGGACAAAGUCCGAUAAUAAUACAGAAAGAAGGAAAUUCUCUUUCCCAGUUUCAGUGCCCAAUUCUUAAACCUACAAACUAUACGGUUUGGGCUAUUCGUAUCAAGACGAUUCUUGAAGCGAAUGGUUUGUGGGAAACGAUCGAACCGGCAGAAAAUGCAACGGUAGACACUAAGAAAGAUAAGUCUGCAAUUGCAUAUCUGUUUCAAGCAAUACCAGAAGACGUUGUAUUGCAAGUUGCAAGUUGUAAAACUGCAAAAGAGAUUUGGGAUAAUCUAAAGGUUAGACACGUUGGUGUUGAUCGGGUACAAAAGGCGCGUAUGCACACGCUAUUGUCAGAAUUUGAACUGUUGCAAAUGAAGGAUGACGACACUAUUGAUUCGUUUACCGCAAAGAUUAAUAGUAUCGUUACCUGGGCAACUGAAGUAGGAACGACAUUGAGUCAACCGAGUCUAGUACGCAAACUCCUAAAUGGCGUACCGGAUAAGUUUACUCAAAUCGUUGCCUCUAUGGAACAAUACUCCGAUCUAGAAACCAUGACGCUAGAAGAAGCGGUCGGAAGACUGAAGACGUAUGAAGAACGACUCAAGUUAAAGAAAGGAAAUCAAGGAGAAAGCCAAGAUAGGCUCAUGUUCACACAUCAGGAUAACUCCAGAGGAAGGAAAUCUGGAAACCGCGGUCGUGGUAGAUUUAACCAGACGCGUGGAAAUUGGCGAAACAACGGAAACAGGCAAAGUCCCAGAAACGAAGGAUCUACAUCUAGACCUAGAAACGGAAAUUCUAGAAGUUGGAGGAAGUUUGCAAGAACCGACCUAAUAACCGAUGCCCAUUGUUCUGCCGUAAUUCGAGGUCGUGUGGGAGAUUCGGCCCAUGAUGGUGACAAACCUGUACUUCUAUAUUUUCCCCCAUCCAGAGCUGGAGUACCCCACCAACUCGGAUUUCCUUCAUCUACAGACGGAGUACCCCACCAACUCGGAUUCAUUGUUGAUAUGGAGAAAUGA